GAGUGGAGAGCGAGUCACAUGCGCCAUUUAAAUACCCAGCUGUCUACCGAGAAAUAUUUUUUAUUUUACCACAGCGGCUUUUUCUGCUGAAGAUGGCGGACGGGGAGAGUAUCCUUGUUGAAGCCACUUCAAGUAUGGAAGAACCCGUUUCAAAGAAGUCCAAAAUGAGCAUGGCCAUAGAAUGUGGGCUCAAAAUUGUUCAGACUGAGCAAGCUACAUACGGGCUAGAGGCUUGUGAGAGUUGGGCUGCGGCGAUUUCUGCGCGGCCAGAUGAGGAGAUUGAGCCGGUGAUGGCGUUAGGACAGGCCCCAGCAGCAGCACUAGGCGGAGACAAUGGGCUGCUGGUCUUGGAGCCUCAGGAAAGCGUAACAAACUUAAAAAAUGAGUCUGCACCCGCUGCGGAGCAUGCAGAGUGUCUUGGCACUGAUGAGGAGUUUCACCAAAAUGGCUUUGCCUUCCCAGAUGGUGUCAGUGAGGAUGAUGACAGAUCCUCACAUGCAAGUUCCAGUGACUGGACCCCUCAACCACAGAUAGGUUCCUACAGUUUUAUUCAGCAACACAUUAUGAGAGAGACCAAUCCGAGAACAAUACUAAAAGACUUGCUUCCUGAGACUGUGCUUCCGCCUGACUUGGAUGACAUGACACUGUGGCAGAUCAUCAUCAACAUCUCGGAGCCUCCUAAAAGAAAGAAGCGCAAAGACAUAAACACCCUGGAGGAUGUGGUUCGGCUACUCCAGGAAAGCAAAAAGAUCCUUGUGCUGACCGGUGCUGGGGUUUCUGUUUCUUGUGGAAUACCAGACUUUCGAUCCAGAGAUGGCAUUUAUGCAAGGCUGGCAAUAGAUUUCCCAGAUCUUCCAGACCCUCAAGCAAUGUUUGAUAUCGAGUACUUCAGAAGAGACCCAAGGCCAUUUUUCAAGUUUGCUAAGGAGAUCUAUCCAGGACAGUUCCAACCUUCGCCUUGUCACAAAUUCAUAUCUAUGCUGGACAAGGAGGGGAAGCUACUACGCAACUACACCCAGAACAUUGACACUCUUGAACAAGUGGCUGGGGUUCAGAGGAUCAUCCAAUGUCAUGGGUCUUUUGCAACAGCUUCCUGUCUUGUCUGUAAACACAAGGUUGACUGUGAGGCCGUAAGGGAAGACAUUUUUUAUCAGGUUGUCCCUCACUGUCCACGGUGUCCAGAUAUCCCCCUGGCAAUCAUGAAGCCAGAUAUUGUCUUCUUUGGAGAGAAUCUUCCAGAACUAUUCCACAGAGCAAUGAGGCAGGAUAAGGAUGAAGUGGACCUCCUUAUUGUCAUUGGGUCCUCACUGAAAGUGCGACCCGUGGCUCUCAUCCCAACCUCUAUUCCUCAUGACGUGCCUCAAGUCUUGAUAAAUCGGGAGCAGCUGCCUCACCUCAACUUUGAUGUGGAGCUACUUGGGGACUGUGAUGUCAUCGUUAACGAGCUCUGCCAUCGGUUGGGCGGAGACUUUGAGCAACUGUGCUACAACUCCUUAAGACUCACUGAGAUCACAGAAAACCCCCCGCGGAUAGCGAUUUCCGCAGAGCAGCCAUCUUGCAAGGCCUUGUCUACUCACAGUAAGCCAGCAGAAAAAGAACAGAAGCACCGUCACACAGAUUCAUCGGUCAGUGCCUCAGAGGAGACGAACACUCAUAUGGUCUCAGACACUCCAGAACGCGACAGAGUACCUACAGAACCUUGUCCGACGGCUCAGAAUGUCACCGACACACCUGAAGUCGAUGGAGUACCACCGGAGCCCUGUCCAAAAGGGCAGAUUGUCCAAGACACUCCAGAAGUAGUAGCACAACCUGAGCCCUGUGCAAAGGCUCCAAGCCCCAAUGAGGAGAGAAUGGAUUAUUCCGUCUCUCCAUCAGCAGACACGCGGAGUGAAGAAGGCUCUGGAUUAAAUGAUCAACACAUCAACCUUGAAGUUCGCAGACUAUGCUGGAUGAGUCGAAUCUGUCGAAGUCCUAUCAGCAAGCGUCUUGAGACUUCUCAAUACCUUUUCCGAGCACCAAAUCACUACAUCUUUCACGGGGCAGAAGUGUACUCCAACUCGGAGGAUGAGACGUCCAGCUCCUGCGAGAGCGAGGACUCCAGCCUGGAGAUGGAGGAAGACAGUGAUGCAGAGGACGAGCAGAGCACACCAACAGAGGAGGUCGAGGGCUGCCUCAUAGACGCAGUGACACACAAGAAAGCUUGUGAGGGCACGUUGAGUGUGAAGCAGACAGACAAUACAGACACAAAUGUUCAGAACACCACAGACCUUUAAAAAACAAACAAUUACCCUGUCUUGACAAGGCACUUUUCUUGUUUUUAUUAUCUUGUUUUGUAUCAUUUUUUUUCUAGAUUGCGUUGACACACUUCCGUAAUUGUGCAGAAAAUUCAUUCUGUCUUUCUGCGUCCGACCACAUUACUGAGCUGCAGGGGAGUUGAGUACAUGUUUUGUGUACUACCAUUAGCAGCUUAACCAAGAAAGGAACAGCAAACUUAGACCAAAGACACUCCCCCCCCCCCCCCCCCCCC